AAAUAAACCGCGACCUUCGCUCGACAACAGCUGCGGCUACGUUGGUAGUUGGUGUUCCGCUGCUUCCCGCAAUUCAUACCUCUUUAUACAUUCCCUCGGCAGCAGCAGUUCAUAUUUCGGUCAGUUAACGUUCAACUUCCUAUCGGUGCAAAUUAUAAUCGUUCUGAAGGAAACACGAAAUAGUGACCUCAUCCACAGUGCAAGAGAACUAGUUUUGUACACACCUCUCGAUACUCCCGCGGACGUGUUCUCUAGUGUUUCUUAGAAUUCAGGAGUAUCGUAGUUAAUAACCGAUGAAUUAGCGAAUUUUGCAAAAUAUAUAAAUUUGUAGAUCAAAAAUAUUUCAUUGGUCUGAAACGAGAACGUGAUUUGAAAAGAAUGGGUGAGAAAAAGAAGCCUGUGUACAUCCAGUACCUGUUUGGAGGUCUUUCCGGAAUCGGUGCAACAUGCGUGGUGCAACCACUGGAUUUGGUGAAAACACGCAUGCAAAUAUCUGGCCUAGGAGGUGCGGUCAAGGAAUACAACAACACUUUCGAUGCCAUUGCCAAGAUCGUUCGCCGGGAGGGUGCUCUGGCGUUAUACAAAGGUUUGAGCGCGGCAAUUAUGCGCCAAGCGACAUACACCACCACUCGGUUAGGUGUUUACACGUCGCUCAACGACGCCUACAAACAAAAAAUGAACAAGGCACCCAACCUUUUGGAAUCGAUGGCUAUGGGAAUGACGGCUGGAGCUGUUGGAUCAUUCGUCGGUAACCCAUGUGAACUGAUUCUCAUCCGAAUGACCGCUGAUGGCCGGUUACCAGUAGCGGAACGACGAAACUAUUCCAAUUUCUUCAAUGCAUUCGUCCGCAUUGCAAAGGAGGAAGGUGUUUUAGCACUGUGGCGUGGAUGUAUUCCUACCAUGGGACGAGCCAUGGUUGUAAAUGCAGCACAACUGGCUUCCUACUCGCAAGCCAAAGCUUUCCUCGUUAACAAUGAUUACAUCAAAGAGGGCAUCGGUCUACACUUUACUGCCAGUAUGUUUUCGGGUUUGAUCACAACGGCUGCAUCUUUGCCGGUAGAUAUUGCCAAAACCAGGAUUCAAAACAUGAAAAUCGUCCCAGGCGAGAUACCCCCGUAUAAGAAUACCGUUGAUGUUAUCGUGAAAGUCAUCCGACAUGAAGGCAUUACCGCCCUAUGGAAGGGCUUUACGGCUUAUUACGCUCGAUUGGGCCCACACACGGUUCUAACGUUCAUUUUACUCGAACAGCUGAAUGGUCUGUACAACGAGCAUUUUCUUGGCGGCAAAGGGCCCAAAUCCGGACUGUGAGAAAUUGGCAGGAAAAAAUUCCUAGCAUUUCACCCGAAGCAGGAACAAGAUCAAUAAUGAGAGAAAAGCAGAGAACACGCACACAAUCAGAUGCAGCAUUUUAUAUAUACACGCAACAUUGAAAUACGAGUACAUUUUGCAUUCACAACAUCCAACUACAUUAUUUGUCUGUUAUGAGAAUUUUAUGUCGUUAUUAAUUUAAUUAAAUCCUGUAUUGCAAUGAUCAUGGCUAUUCAAGAACAGGCCAAUUCACAUCCUUCACAGAUAUUACGGCUGGAAUACUGCCGAUAGCUUUAAAGAAACUAUCCCGCCCAAGUAGGACAAAUAAACAAAUACCGAGUUCACUUAUUCAAGACUUGGCACCAUGCCAGCGUUUGAGCGCAAUUCGUUUUAACAUAGUAUGUUUAGUAGGCGCCUAAAUAAAUAAAAAUAAACUCCGGUUACAUUCAUGUUCUACUGCAGGGUAAAUGUCUGAGCAGAAUAUGCGCGGAGAACUUUAUUUAGUCAUCGAUAGCAUAUUUUUCUAUUUGCCUCUCCUUUCUUCUGCUGUAAAUUUUAUGCAUUGAACAUAUUCAGUCUAUCUACUCAUUCACUGCCGUUAUAAGCUUAAUUGUCCCAUGUUCUACGGGACUCCCUAUAUACAUGAGACAAUUAUGCGUAGAACGGCAGUUCAAUGCUCACUGGAAGUAUAUGCGAGAAGAAUGAAAGAAUAAAGGAGACGGAAAUAGAAAAUAUACCACUUCUGCAUACAUUUGUUUCUCAGUGUAGGAUACUAUUAGCGUUGAAUGAGUUAGUUGGUGCGGCCGGUGUCUGGUGUAUACUAGCAUGUACAGUUGUACUAAGAAGAUUUAUUGCCCACUUGCACUUGAUGUCACACAGCAGAAUGCGAGAAAUGCGGUAGACAAAGAAAAAAUGAAUAUAAGCGCUAUUUCCGGUUUAAUUUUAUAUUUUUAGGGAUGUUCCUUAUUAUUGUUGAGUUUGUUAUGUAGAUCAUGUUCAUCUUGUUGACAAUAAAAAUUUCAUUUGCAUUGUGUUAAA